UUUAGCUAGUCUGAUUGAUAGAGUACAAUGGCUGUAGAAAAUAGGCUACUGUUCUUCAGCAAGGAGGUUACAAGAUGCAUAAAGGACCCGACAGUUGUGUCCCAUCUCGAGGCAGAUUCUGUAAUCUCAUCAGAUGAGAGUUCUAAACUAAAGAAGAUAUAUCUGGAUGGUGAUCCGUUUAAAGCAAAUGAGGAAAUGAUUGACUGUCUUCUUAAAUCAACAGCAAAGGGAAAGUGGAGAUCAUUCUUAGAGGCCUUAGAAAAAUCAGGCUAUCGUCACUUAAAAUCCUUGCUUGAAUCAACUGACAGACCAAGUUCAAGUGAUACACGUGAAAGAGAAAUAAUACGAGUGUUCAUUCCGUUCUUAGAAAAGACAGUUACAGCAAAAGAAAUUGUGUCAGAUCUGUACUCAAGAAAAGUUAUAAACGAAGUGGAUGACGAAUUGAUACGUGCAACAUAUCAAAAUAAAGGAGACACAUAUGCUACAAUUGUCUUACUUGAAAGAAUGCAGUGUAGAUUGGCUCCAGAUGAAUGGUUUUAUGAAUUUCUGAGUGUAUUAGUACAAAGGAACCUAGAAUAUGUCGUAAAAGAAAUUGAACCAGAUUUUUUGGUCUCUCCUGAACGGUUUCGACCUUGCACAGGUAGGAUUUUGUGCCCUUUAAGCAAUACUUCAAAAUGUUAUCAUUUUAAUAAAUACAAUAUUCAUAAAAUCAUUUACCUACCUAUUUGUCUCUACAUAAAACAAGCCCUCUCUCGAGUGUUACAGGCAGGACUAUGUGAACGUCGAAAAUACUAGUAAAAAUGUAACAGUAAUCAUGGUAAUAAAAAGAACCUUGCAAAGAAUAUUGUCAGGCAAAAUGAGACUUGAAUGAAAGUAUUCCAGUCAGUUUUUAAGCUGUUAGGUAUUAAGUGAGAACACCUGUACAAACUUUCAUAGCUGUAAAAGAACUGUAUUCUUGUUCAAAAUAACAGUCAUGCUUAUUUCAAAUUGACACUUGUAGAUUUUAUAUGACAACAUUGAUUUUACAGUGGUAGACU